CAACAACUGCGGAACUAAACGCUCAAUCGAACAGGGCGCAUGUGAGGCAACUCAUUUUACCCAUAACAUAUUCACGAGCUCAUCGCUUACUCGAGAGGUAGACUUUGUAUGCUUUUUAAAAACGAAAGGCCAAUUGAAGCAUAUCGAAGAACGAGAGCGAAUAGUGAGGAGAAUAUUUGAUUGCAGAAGCCUACCAUGGCCACGAAAUGAUCGGUCAGGGGAAAUAGGACAGAAUUGUUUUUGUCUGGUUUUUUUAUUUUUAUAACUAGAACAAGCUUUUGACCUCCAGGACAAACAGCGUAACGUGCCAUGAGAAACAUGAGUGUUGAAAACGGCACUUCAAGUAAGUGACUUUUCUUUUACAUAAACUAAAUCUGAGUUAUGCAUCUACGGUGUCAGAUCUGUGUUGUCCCACGACAUUAACAAUGGCAUGGACAGUAGCAUAAUUUCCAUACAUUAUUUAUCCACAUAAUAAUGUAAACGCAUUGUCACGGGUCUGUGGCAAAAAGGGGACUGACUGCAGGGACCCAGACAAGUGAUGCUACAGUCUAAACGGCACACACUUCUAUGCUAUUCAAUUGGCAGUUUGUGUUGUAUUUCUGUCUUCCCCAGCGUGACUGACAGUUGAGUAGAAGGGCCAACGCCCAUUUCUGAGAUGUUACACUAGUCUUAGGCGCUAGUCUUAGGCUCCCUUUUAAACCUAUACUAUUACAUUGUAAUACAUAUACUUACCCGUUAUACUUUUAUAAUAUUACAAUCAUUGUCAUAAAUGUAUAUAGUCUUACCUGUUAAACUUUUACAUUGUCAAAGUAAUAAUUCAUGAGUUAACUAACUUUCUUCCCGCUUUGUACACCAGCAGUCGAGUUGGGUGAGUAGGCAAUUUAUUAUUAAUGUAUAUAUAUAUAUAUUUUUUUUUAUAGCUAGUAGUCCUAUGCAUCAUGCUCAUGGUUUAAUGUAGCUGGUACUGUACACAUACAGACAAAGAUCACACUCAGAUGGCCUACACACCAGCUCAAUGUUUGCAGUCCCCAUCAGCAUGUUUGCAGUGCCCAUCAACAUGUUUGCAGUCCCCAUUAGCAUGUUUGCAGUGCCCAUCAACAUGUUUGCAGUCCCCAUCAGCAUGUUUGCAGUGGCCAUCAACAUGUUUUCAGUCCCCAUCAGCAUGUUUGCAGUGCCCAUCAACAUGUUUGCAGUCCCCAUCAGCAUGUUUGCAGUCUCCUCAUCCCACUCCCUCUACUUUUUAGACAUCAUUCAGGAGAUGAUCUCUGCAGACAGAGGAUUUCCCUGUCAUGCCCCGUCUGGUUUCUGCCUCCCUGGACCUCCUCAUCCCCCUGUAGACCCUGACCACCAGGCCCAGAACCACAGGGUCAUGCCCAGGCAGACCCCCUCCUCGACGCCCCCAGUACUGGUGCCAAGGGGCACGACCUCCAGGGUGAGUACCAGGCCUUUCGGGAUCUAAUCCAAAAAUAUAUUCAGCCACUCUUGGAGGAAAAUGUAUGUUCAAUAAACUAUAAACUACUACAAGCGAGAGUUUUUGUUAGGCCAUUGAUUCAUAGAGUUCAAUAGAAAAACAGAGGUUGACUUGUAGUUAUUGUGUAGUGGUUAGUUAGUGAUUUGUUAUGUUUCUGCAGCCACUCGGUUACUCUUUAUGGUCGCAUCAGUUCACACUGUCAAUGCUUGGUAUCUCAGUUUGUUGUAAUAGCUGGGAGAUAAAGUCAUGUAAACAGCUAAUGGGUUGAUCUGAGGUCUUAUCAGGGAUGUGUGCUAUCGCUUCCUCAUGGGCUAGUGGUGGGAACCAAGGCAGACAGACACACCUCAGGGCUAAGUGAAACUCAACUACUUACUGUUUCCAUGGAUAAGGAAUGUGCACAACAGCGAAUAGCGUGGUGACUCGAUUCACUGGUUCUUUGACUUCUAAAGCGGCCUUGAUUACCUUGUUGUUAGCCUUGGGUUGCUGUUCUCUAAUAGUCUGGAACUCAGUGAGACAAUUGUGGUCGGUAUGUCUGUGAGUCAAAGUGGUGCCUUCGAAUAGACUGUGAGCUGAGUUGACACACCCCUGUCUGCAUGUUGUGGCCUCUUGUGGGGGAGGUGGCAGAAAAGGAGAGAGAGCGUAAUCUGAUUCCUACUUUCGUUUUGAGUUCCCUUCCUUCCGGCACCCAACCCUUUCAGGGUGGAAGUUCACAUUCUGAGGCUUUUCUGCUUUUCUAAUUGGUCGAUCUGCUGUAGAUCAUGUAAACUUCCUGUUUCCUGAGCAUGCUCCUCCCGGCUCGAUCCUAGCUGCUUUUGUGUAGAGGCUUUAAGGCAUGCCCAUACUAUCAUGCUUACACAGACAUACACACCGCCUGGAGCACAAUGAUCUCACACGCACCUCUUUUUGUUCAUACAGCCUUAUCUACUUAUGUCGGUUUGUUUAGACAGACUUGAGUUGUAGGGCGGCUUGUAAUAACAAAGGGAAAAGGUGAUCCCUUAAGUCAGUCAGCUUGUUUUUCUUUGUUCCAGUUUGUUUUUGGUGAAUCGUUUUUCCUGUUGCUGGUCUCUAGGGAUUCUUCAAACGGGCUAUUUAUUAGAAGGUAUGUGGUUGAACUUGGAGAGUGAAGGGCAAGGUGUGUGUGAGAGAAAUUGCUUCUGUCUAUAAUGACCACAGGCCGUUUUUUAAAUUUAUAUAAGUAUACUACUUUGACUUAUACAAGAACCCAGGAAAAAUGGGCAGACACCGAGAGAGCUAGAGAGAUGGAGGCAUGAAGGAUGAAAAACAGUCGCCUGAGAGGGUGGAAGAGAGACGGAAGUAUAGAGGGGUUAACCAAAAACGGAAGAGGUGCUCUCUAGUUUAACGGUUGAGUGGGGGGCAUGGCAACAAAAUGUGUCAAAUGAGGACAUAGAAAGUGGUGUACUGAGAGAGAAUAUGUAGAUAAACGAUAGCAAUGCAGGGUAUCUUUGAAAACGCCCUCACCAUUUUACUCUCAGUACCAUCAUGAUGUUGUUUUGGAUACAAAGUUAACUGUUUGUUGUCUGCUGUGUUCUUGACAUAGAUUUUUAAACAUGGCCACUGACUUUAAAUGAUGUCUCUCCGCAGGCGCCCUGCUUCUUCCCUCAGCCCCAGCACCCCUCUAGCACCAGAGAUAUGGCAGCAGCUGACCCCACUCGUGGGGUUUCCCAUUCGGGCUCAAACCGACGAGGACGGGGGUCCUCUGGUUCAGGGACUUCCACGGGGGCCAGAGGGUCCCUCUCGACAGGCCCAGACAGACACUGAUCCGCUGGAGCAGAUCCUGGAGAGGCCCACCCUGGCUGUGGUGGAGCAGCCCAAGGAGAGAGGCAUGAGGUUCCGCUAUGAGUGUGAGGGCCGCUCGGCUGGGAGCAUCCUAGGGGCCUCCAGUGGGGACUCCAACAAGACCCUGCCUGCUAUAGAGGUACCCAAUAUAUCCAAAUUGUAUUUGCCUUUAUUUGAAGUUGAUUGGAAACACUUUAAUUUACAACAACAAUUUAGCAAAGUUGCAGUUAACACCCAUACUCUUGUGCUAACUUACAUCUUUCAUCAUGACCACUCAGUCAGAACCUUGGUUAGAAUAUUUGUUUACUGCAAAUUGUGUCCCCAAUGUCAUCCCUAACCUGCACUGGAUUUGUAUGUUUGUGUGGGAAGUGGAAGGGGGUUAACGGAAUGUACCAUCUAUCCCAGAAAAAAGGUGUUUCCCCCUUGUUGGUUUGGCUGCCCUCAACAUGUAGAGCCUUGCAAGUGUAAGGAGCAGGGUCCGAGGAGAAGGGGGGAAGGGGGAGGAAAUGAAUGUAACUGAAAUAGAAAGUACCCCACAAAUCCACAUCUUUGUGUGGUUCAAACUAAGGGGAUUUACCCCCCCUUAAACACUGUUAAUUCACACCCACAUACUAAAAUUCAGACCGCAUCUCUCUAAGAUUAACACUUCCAGACAAGUGCGAAGUUUGACAUUUGAAAGGGAGUGGCACUGAAUACGUUUCGGUUAUUCACCUCGCAUUUAUUCCGUUUUAAUCAUGCUCUCACUUGUGUUGGAGGAAGGAAGACGGUUUGAUUGAUGCAUGUAGUAUCUCUCUCCUCCUCCUCUUUCUUUGUCCCUCUCCCCACUUUCUCUCCCCAUUUCUUUCUCUUCUUCACAUUCUUUCCCCCUCUCUCCUCCCUCUUUCAGCUCCAGGGUCCCAUUCAGCACAUAAAGAAGGUGAUGGUCACUGUUUCCUUGGUGACCAAAGACUACCCGUACCGCCCACACCCCCACUGCCUUGUGGGUAAAGACUGUGCUGAUGGUACCGGAAUCUGUGUCAUCUGCUUUAACCCCCACAGCAACCGACGUCACAGGUACCCCUCUCUUUCUCUCCUCUAUUAAUCACUCUCUUUUCUUAAUUUUCUCCCUUUGUCCACCAGAGGCCCAUAUCCUCUUUCUUUUUCAUUCAUCAUUCACCGUUUUGUGUGUGCUUUGCCAGGAAAGUGCACUGGGUUAGUGUAAACAUGUCUGUUUUUAAUGGUUGGUAACCGACCAUGUUUUGUGUGCAUCUUGCAGUUUCGCUAACCUGGGCAUCCAGUGUGUAAGGCGGAAGGAGCUGGAUGCCUCACUAGAGAAGAGACGGAAUCAGAAGAUCGACCCCUUUAAAAGUGAGUAGAGCCCUGACACGCACAUUAAGCACACAUAGAACUUACCCAAUUGCACAAAUCCAAUAUUAUUGUACAAUAAAGUUGUAUUGUCAUUAGCGGUAGGGUAAUAUUCUCUCCUCUGUCCCCCAGCGGGCAACUCUAAAAGCAUCGAGGACAUGGACAUGAACGUGGUGCGGCUGUGUUUCCAGUGUGAGCUGGAGUGGGCGGAUGGAAAGAGGGACUUCCUGAACCCCAUAGUGUCCAACCCCGUCUAUGACAAGAGUAAGACCACCCCCCUCCCUCCCUACCAAACAUCCUCCUGAAGCUGACACUACCACCUAUACAUGACUGCUUUUACAUAGUCCUCAAACGUGAUACGAACCAGUACAGUAAAACCACAGCUAUGUAAAUGUACUUCCUUCCUGAACGAUCCGGCAGGUGCUCAGUGUGUGUGUGUUUACAGAGGCGACUACCACAUCUGAGUUGAAGAUCAACCGUCUGAACAUUGUAAAAGGGCCAUGCACCGGCAAGACUGAGAUCUACAUGCUCUGCGACAAAGUCCAGAAAGGUGAGAUGCAGCCAGACCCCAAGUUGUAAUAUACAAAGGGGAAGUAAAAUCCUGUUAAAACAACUAAAUGGAAGUGAUACAUGAUGUGUAAUGACACCUCUCAGGAAAUACACUGUUGAAGUCAAACAGCUUGGAGGACUAUACAAGCUGAUUGGUGUGUGUGUGUUGCCCACUCAGACGACAUAGAGAUCAUCUUCAAGCGGGGGUCUUGGGAGGCCAAGGCGGAGUUUGCCCAGACGGACGUCCACCGGCAGAUCGCUAUCGUGUUCAAGACCCCGUCCUACCAGGAACAGGACGUGGGGGAGGAAGUGGAAGUAAAAGUCUUCCUGCGUCGUCUCUCUGACCACAUGGACAGUGACCCCGUCACGUUUACCUACCAGCCCGACAACACAGGUUGAUACAACUUCUGAAUGUUAUAAAUGAUAUCAUAAUGCUGUGUUAUAACAUGUUAUGUGAUAUUUUCUCUGUUUUGAUGCCGUGUUCAGAUCCAUAUGAAGUGAAACGGAAGAGGAAGAUCAAGACGGACAUCAGCUUCACAGAGAGAUCCUGUGUGGCAGGUGAGGAUUGGCCUCGGCUCUCUCUCUCUUUCCAGCCUAAACCUCUGCUACCUAUUGCAGAACAGAAAGUAAAAACGAAAGUGAAAGAGAGAACAAUGAAGGAUGCUUACGCAGCACCCUCUCAAAAACACAUGACCGCACAUCUGAGUGUCAAUAAGGGGAUCUAACGCAAGUCCUUUCUACCUCCCACAGCUCAGAAUGUGGCUGCAGAAUCCUCCACCUCCCAGCCAUUCGAGCCGUUCACCUUCACCCCAGCAGAGAGCCGGCUGGUCCCAGAGGAGUUGCAUCCUCCUGCCCAGUCUGGGGCCUCCACCAUGGAGGAGAUCCACUACAGUGACCCCCAGGAGGACAACUUCUUCAACGAGCGCAUGAGCCCAGAGGACAUGAGUGUUCUCUCUCUACUUCUGGAGCCCCUGUUCUAUGACCCUGCCCUCCUUAACUUUGGCCCGGGGCUCAACUCCAACUUCGCCCCAGGCGGCAUGGACAUGAACUUUAACCUCAACCAGGGUGGGUCUGGGCAGGACUUGGGCUACUAUAACGACCUGCAGUUCAACCAGCUAGUCAACGAUAAUCAGGCCUCUCUGAUGGAGCUCCCCUCACUGUCACUCCCCGGCUCCGCCCCUCAGGACCAGGGCCAGUGUGAUAACGAGGGGUGUGAUUUGGUCCAGUUGAAGACAGAGGGGGACCUAUGAGGGCAAAACAUACCCCCUUAAUACUGAAUGUGGCUUGAACGUAGCCCCUGAACUUUAAGGGGCUUUUGUUGUGUUGCUCCUCAAACCAGAAGUUUAGGGUGUGUAGGGACCUAACUCUGUACCCUGUGACAGUCCUCUCACCCAAACAAAGUACAGUAUGAGUUUGGCCACACUGGUAAUAGCAGUAGCUGAGGCACCUUGUACCCUAAUGGUGUGGUUACCCCUUACCCCAUAGGCCUCGCUGGACGAGGCUAUAAUCCAGACCCCCGUCCCCCCUUCCCACACACGACCACUACCAGACCCUAAAAGGAUACAUUUCAAAAUGUCUGCCCAGACCCAAGCCUUUGAGUGUACUGUGUUGCCUUCACCAUGCUGCUAACGUUAGCCUAAGGCUAAUAGCCGUGAUCAGCACAGCACUCACAGAUGACAUGUAGCUUUAGUGCCUCCAG